CCGCGCGGGCGGCGAGCAGGUGGCGUGGCCGGGCGGGAGGCGGGGCGCGGUCGCGGACCGGGCGGGAGCGCGCGGGGCCCCAGUCGGGCGCACACCCUCGCUGGCUUUUCUCCGCGCGCCCGCUCCCCGCCGCCCCGCUUCGGUUAGUGUGGUCUCAACUCAAGGCAAAGGUGGGAUAUCAUGGCAUCUAUCUGGGUUGGACACCGAGGGACAAUUCAAGAUUAUCCAGGCUUUAGCCCAUCAGCAGAUGCUGAAGCAAUUCGUAAGGCAAUCAGAGGAAUUGGAACCGAUGAGAAAGCGCUCAUCAGCAUUCUGACUGAGAGGCCAAAUGCACAGCGGCAGCUGAUCGUUAAGGAGUAUCAAGCCACAUAUGGAAAGGAUCUGAAAGAUGACUUGAAGGGAGAUCUCUCUGGCCACUUUGAGCAUCUCAUGGUGGCCCUCGUGACUCCCCCAGCAGUGUUUGAUGCAAAGCAGCUGAAGAAAUCCAUGAAGGGUGCUGGGACAAAUGAAGCUGCAUUGAUUGAAAUCUUAACCACCAGGACAAGCAGGCAAUUGAAGGAGAUCUCUCAAGCCUACUACACAGUAUAUAAGAAGAGUCUCGGAGAUGACAUUAGUUCUGAAACAUCUGGCGACUUCCGGAAAGCUCUGUUGACUUUGGCAGAUGGCAGAAGAGAUGAAAGUCUAAAAGUGGAUGAGCAUCUGGCCAAAAAGGAUGCCCAGAUUCUCUACAAUGCUGGGGAGAACAGAUGGGGCACGGAUGAAGAUAAAUUUACUGAGAUCCUGUGUUUAAGGAGCUUUCCUCAAUUGAAACUGACAUUUGAUGAAUACCGAAAUAUUAGCCAGAAGGACAUUGAGGACAGCAUAAAAGGAGAAUUAUCUGGGCAUUUUGAAGACUUACUCCUGGCCAUAGUUCACUGUGCAAGGAACAUGCCUGCCUUUUUAGCUGCAAGACUGCAUCAAGCUUUGAAGGGUGUGGGAACUAAUGAGUUUACUCUGAACCGAAUAAUGGUUUCCAGAUCGGAAAUUGACCUUUUGGAUAUUCGAGCAGAGUUUAAGAAGCAUUAUGGCUAUUCCCUAUAUUCAGCAAUUAAAUCAGAUACUUCUGGAGACUAUGAAGUCACGCUCUUAAAGAUCUGCGGAGGAGAUGACUGAGUCAAGAACAUACUCUCCAGAGUUGCCUGCUCCCACAGUGAGGUUUUCCAACAGCUCUGCUUACUUCUCUCUCAGUAUUUAAAAGUACAAGCAAGUAUAAACAGCAGCCUGUUUCCUAACAAAAAGUGUCA